AUGGAAUGGGCCAUCCAGGCUGCCAAAAAAAAGACACAACAACCUGCUGGAAGCUCCCGGUCCAUCAUAGAAUCGUUGAAUUCUUUCAACAACAUCACCUUGGAGCAUCAGGAUCAAUUGAAUAACCUUCUGGGCGACGCAAAUACCUGGCUGAAUGAUGGGAUGGAGAUCAUCUCGAAAAAAGGCAUGGAUCGUUCUCAAUUAGCAAAUCGUUCUGCUUCUGUUAUGGUCUCACCUGAAAAGAGUAUCACAAAAGUAGAAUUAGAAACUGUUGUAAAAACUGAACUAUCUGAAAAUAAAAUACACAUAGCUACGGAUGAUGAGACUCCAAAACGUAUAAGCUGGGAAAACUUACCAAAUAUAACUCCUAGAUCUUUAAAACAACGGGAAUUACAAGAUAUUUUCAAUGCUCAUAUGACUAGAGAUGAGUCUCCUUCUUCAAAGCAAGCUCAAAGAAAAUCCUCUCCAUGGUCACCAUUUAAAGUAGAACAAACUUUGAAGGCAUCUGUCAAGGCAGAACCAACUAUGUCUUCUGAAAGCACCACUUUCAAAACUGAAGUAGCACCUUCUAAGGCGGCUAACCAAUCUCAAGAAACCAAAAUGCCAUUAGCAAGUGAAGCUAAGGCACUGAUCCCAGAUACUCUGGAUAUUGGUAACAAGUCUCAAAACCUAACUGUAGGUAGAAUGAAAAGGAGAUCUAACAUGUUUGUUCCUUUGCCAAGAAAGGAUCCACUAGUUGUUAAACCGGUUCAAACUAAUGUCCAUUCUUUACAUACUGCUUCACUAAAGUCAACAAAUAAUACUUCUCCAGUAUCUGAGUAUGGUCCUAAGGGAAAAAUACCGACUAUUAAGAUUCGUCAUAGUCCAAGAAAUAAAAAUAAUUUGACAAAAUUGUCAAAGCCAGGUGAAAGUGUUUUUGAUAGACUUUCCUCAUUGUCAACAAAAUCAUUUGAAAAUAAAGUUAACAACAAAUCGACUAAUAAAAAAUAUUCACCUUCUUCAAUAGAUCUUUCCGGUUCCCCUAAGAGGCGUGCGUCUCAAAGAAGUAGUCGUAAUUCUGUUGACUUAUCAAUGCAAGAGACUUUGAAAAAUAUCUUCGCCCCAAAUAUGACUGAAUUAAAUCCACAAAGAGUAAAGAAAACAAUAGAUGAAUCACCAGGUAGGAAUCGGAGAUCUUUGAUUCCAAGACUUGAUAAAAACAACCUCAAACAACUUUCUACACCUCAUCGUAUUCCGUCAACUAACAAAAUUGAAAAAACUAAAGGUGACACUCCUUUAGUUUCGAAGGUUCAGGAAGCUGCAGAAGAUACUGUUUCUUCAAAAGGGCUCACUGUUAUUGAAGAAAAGUCUAAGGUUAACCCCAAAGAGAGCAAAAAAUCCCCCGCAAAACGUGAUAGACUAACAAAAUUUCAAUUAUUACCACCUAGCGUCGAUGCAGAUAAGCAUGAGCUGAAAAAGAAACUGAACAAGAGACUAUCUGAGGUCAUGAAAACUCAACAGGAACAAGAAAGAAGGAGAAAACACCAACAACGUAAGAAGUCUAACGCUGAUGAUUAUCCAAAAAGACAGAGCAGAACUUUCAGUGAAUUCAAGAGUUUCUCAACGGCGACAGCGAACACAAAUUUCUCUACAAAUGCUAACAAAUCAAGGAGGUCAGGUGUCUCCGAACUCAUCCAAAAUCAUAAUAGUUUUAACAAUGUCAUUUCAUCUUAUCAUGUAGAUACAAACAACAUAUUAGAUGCAUUAAACACUGGUGAUCACAGGAUGAAACUUGCUGACUAUAAUACACCGUCCUCAACUGAUAAUAUGAAUAAUACUUUACCAGAGAUAUACUCUGACUCAGAUCAAGAAGAUAAUACCCAAACAUUGGCCGACUGGGCCAGAGAACCACAACUACAAGAGCAGUUGCUAGUUCAACAAAAUUGGGACUAUAAACAAAUAUUCGGACCAGUGCCGCCGCUGCAUAUGGAUGAAAUAUUUCAGACCUCAAGAUUGAAUAAAUUUAAACCUCGUCAAUCUUUGAAAUACCGUAAUCAAUAA